GUUUGCAUCCGAUGAGCUGCAGUCGCACAGUCCUCCCGCUCCUGCCGCUGCUGGAAGUUUUAAUGGGGAUCAUGACAAGCGGGGCACAGAGACACCAUCAUGAAGAGUAAUAUACAGAUCAGCCCUCAAAAUGUCUUCUGUGUCUUCCGUGCAUCUUCUAAGACAAUUGCAUUAGCCCGCCUGCUAGUUGACUAAUAGAAUUAAUAAUUGUAAAAAGCACUCUAAAGCCACAUGCCUUAUGAAGUCAAUGCUGGGUAUGAUUUUACAAAUAUGGUCCGGAAAAAGAACCCCCCUCUAAGAAACGUUGCUAGUGAAGGUGAGGUACAGACCCUUGAGUCUACAGGUACUGAAAGUGAAGAGUCUGGAAGGAAAAAAGAAUUUUCCGUAGAGCAGAUGCAAGAAAACACUGACCAGGGUGAUGCGGCAGAGUUAAAUAACAAGGAGGAGCUUUGCACGCAUGUCCAAGAGCCAUCUUCCAGCAUUAAAAAGGACUUGAAAAGCUCAGUGCUGAGUGAAAAGGCUGGCUUCAAUUAUGAAAGCCACAAUAAGGGAGGAAAUGUUCCAUCCUUCCCUCAUGAUGAGGUGACAGACAGAAAUACGCCGGCUUUCUCAUCUCCAGCUGCUGGGGGAAUCUGUGAGCCCUUGAAGUCUCCUCAAAAAUCAGAUGCAGAUGACACCCAAGAUGUGGUCUGUACCCCGUCAGGAGAUGCAGCGGAGACAAAUGAGGAGCAUCAGAUGUCGCCAAAAGCUUCAGAUGAAACAGUGCAAGUGCAAAGUGGUCAAACUGAUGGCCAAGGCUCAAGCCCGGUCCCCAUGGCCUCAAAAAACCCACAAGUGCCUUCAGAUGGGGGUUUAAGGCUGAACAAAUCAAAAGCAGAUUUGUUGGUAAAUGAUAACCCAGAUACGGCGCCUCUGUCUCCAGAGCUUCAGGACUUCAAAUGCAACAUCUGUGGAUACGGUUACUAUGGGAACGACCCCACAGAUCUCAUCAAACACUUCCGCAAGUACCACCUAGGACUGCACAACCGCACCAGGCAGGAUGCUGAGCUCGACACUAAAAUUUUGGCUCUCCACAACAUGGUGCAGUUCAGCCACUCCAAAGACUUCCAGAAAGUCAACCGCACUGUGCUUUCAGGGGUGCUGCAGGACAUCAAUUCCCAGAGGCCUGUCUUAUUAAAUGGGACUUACGAUGUACAGGUUACUUUAGGUGGAACCUUUAUUGGAAUUGGGCGGAAAACUCCAGAUUGCCAAGGCAACACCAAGUACUUCCGCUGCAAAUUCUGCAAUUUCACCUACAUGGGCAACUCCUCCACUGAACUAGAGCAACACUUCUUACAGACUCACCCAAACAAAAUGAAAGCAGCCCUUCCCUCCUCUGAUUCUGGUAAAACUUCAGAGAAAAACUCCAAUAAAUCCAGUCCUACUCUUCGACCAUGUGAUUCUGGAGACUUGGGGAAGUGGCAAGACAGAAUCACUGUAAAAGCAGGAGAUGAUACACCAGUUGGAUAUUCGGUGCCCAUCAAGCCAAUAGAUUCCUCUAGACAAAAUGGUACUGAUACAACCAGUUACUACUGGUGUAAAUUUUGCAGUUUCAGCUGUGAAUCGUCCAGCUCAUUGAAACUAUUAGAACAUUACAGCAAACAGCAUGGGGGAAGCCAGGCAGGAAGCCUUCACCCAGAUCUGAAUGAUAAGCUUUCUAGGGGAUCUGUCAUUAACCAGAAUGAUCUAGCCAAAAAUGCAGAUGGGGAGAUAGUGACAAAGACAGAAAAGGGUGCGAGUGUGGCAAAAAAGAAAGACUUGUCUAGCAAAGGAGCAGAGGACAGCAUGGUGACAAGCUACAACUGUCAGUUCUGUGACUUUAGGUACUCAAAAAGCCAUGGCCCAGAUGUGAUAGUGGUGGGCCCACUUCUCCGUCACUAUCAGCAGCUACAUAACAUUCAUAAGUGUACCAUUAAGCACUGUCAGUUCUGUCCCCGAGGCCUCUGCAGCCCAGAAAAGCACCUUGGAGAAAUUACUUAUCCAUUUGCUUGCAGAAAAAGUAAUUGUUCCCACUGUGCUCUCUUGCUUUUGCACCUGUCUCCAGGGGUGACAGGAAGCUCUAGAGUCAAACAUCAGUGCCAUCAGUGCUCAUUCUCCACUCCCGACGUGGACGUUCUCCUCCUCCACUAUGAGAAUACACACGAAGCCCAAGCGUCUGAUGUCAAACCAGAAACAAACACCCUGCCAGGGGCAGAGGGGCCGCUGACGCUCAAGGAGAACAAAGAACACUCAUGUACCAAAUGUGACUUUACCACCCAGGUGGAAGAAGAGAUUUCCCGACACUACAGGAGAGUACACAACUGCUACAAAUGCCGUCAGUGCAGCUUCACAGCUGUUGACACUCAGUCACUACUAGAGCACUUCAACACUGUGCACUGUCAGGAGAUGGAUGUCACUACAGCCAAUGGGGAGGACAGUCAUGGUAUUUCGUCCGUCAAGGAGGAGCCAAAAAUUGACCUCAAGGUCUAUAGUCUGAUUAAUCCGGACCCCAAAAUGGGGGAGUCCAUAUCUGACAGCAUAGUGAAGAGGGAAAAGAUAGAAGAUAAGGAAGUGCUCAAGGAGAAAGGUUGGACUGACAGUCCCAGUGAUGAUCUUCGCAACAUGACUUGGAGAGGAACAGACAUUUUGAGGGGGAGCCCAUCAUACACACAGACCAGUUUAGGCUUAUUGACCCCAGUGUCUGUUGGCCAAGAGCAGCCAAAGCCUUUAAGGGAUAGUCCAAACGUAGAAGCUGCCCAUCUUGCACGACCCAUUUACAGCCUGGCAGUGGAGAGCAAGGGCUUCCUGCAGGGCGUGCCAGCCGGGGCGACGGAGAAGGCCGGGCAGCUCACACAGCCCUAUCCUGGAUCCGGGGACAGCAAGGCCAAGGAUGAGUCCCAGUCCUUACUACGGAGACGUAGAGGCUCGGGUGUUUUUUGUGCCAAUUGCCUGACCACAAAGACCUCUCUCUGGCGAAAGAAUGCAAAUGGUGGAUAUGUAUGCAAUGCGUGUGGCCUCUACCAGAAGCUUCACUCGACUCCCAGGCCUUUGAACAUCAUUAAGCAGAACAAUGGUGAGCAGAUCAUUAGAAGACGAACAAGAAAGCGCCUUAACCCGGAGGCACUUCAGGCUGAGCAGCUAAGCAAACAGCAGAGGGGUAGCAGUGAGGAGCAAGUCAAUGGAAGCCCGUUAGAGAGGAGGUCAGAGGAUCAUUUACCUGAAGGUCAUCAGAGAGAAAUUCAGCUUCCCAGCCUUAGUAAAUAUGAGGCCCCAGGUUCAUUGACUAAAAGCCAUUCUGCUCAGCAGCCAAUAUUGGUCAGCCAGACUCUGGAUAUUCACAAAAGGAUGCAACCUUUGCACAUUCAGAUAAAAAGUCCUCAGGAAAGUACUGGAGACCCAGGAAACAGUUCAUCGAUAUCAGAAGGGAAAGGAAGCUCAGAGAGAGGCAGCCCAAUAGAAAAAUACAUGAGACCUGCAAAACACCCAAACUAUUCACCACCUGGAAGCCCUAUUGAAAAAUACCAAUACCCACUGUUUGGACUUCCGUUUGUACACAAUGACUUUCAGAGCGAAGCUGACUGGCUGAGAUUCUGGAGUAAAUAUAAGCUGUCUGUUCCUGGGAAUCCACACUACUUGAGUCAUGUGCCUGGCCUAUCAAAUCCUUGCCCAAACUAUGUGCCUUAUCCCACCUUUAAUCUGCCUCCUCAUUUUUCAGCUGUCGGAUCAGACAAUGACAUUCCUCUAGAUUUGGCGAUAAAGCAUUCCAGACCUGGGCCAACUGCAAACGGUGCCUCCAAGGAAAAGAGUAAGGCACCACCAAGUGUAAAAAAUGAAGGUCCCUUGAAUGUAGUAAAAACAGAGAAAGUUGAUAGAAGUACUCAAGAUGAACUUUCUACCAAGUGUGUGCACUGUGGCAUUGUCUUUCUGGAUGAAGUGAUGUAUGCUUUGCAUAUGAGUUGCCAUGGUGACAGUGGACCUUUCCAGUGCAGCAUAUGCCAGCAUCUUUGCACGGACAAGUAUGACUUCACAACUCACAUCCAGAGGGGCCUACACAGGAACAAUGCACAAGCUGAAAAGAACGGAAAACCUAAAGAGUAAACCUUAGCACUUAGCACAAUUAAACAGAAAUAGGUUUCCUUGAUGGGAAUUCAAUAGCUUGUAAUGUCUUGUGAAGACCUAUAAAGCACUUCAUAUAGAGAGCAUGCCUUAUCAAAUAUUAAAUCCCUUGUUCUUUUUUUUUCUUUUUCUUUAUUUUUUAACCUUUUUUUUCUUUUUCUUUUUUUUUUUUUUUUCCUUUUAAAUGAGUGGGUUACCAAGAGAAAAAGAGCAGCUGGACGGUGGCCAGAAGGGGGAGAAGAUAAUUAAAUGGGACAUGGCCCACCAAAGCUAGCCAGAAUGCAGUGAAUCAUGGCGAAUAACCUUGAGAAAAUUUUUCCGGACAAUUAAUACCUUUGCUGUUGUGUAAGAGACGAAACUGGCAAGUGUGCAAAGAUGUGUAUAUGUAUAUACUGCUGCAGGGGUAUAGUGAACAUAUGCACAUUGUAUAUAAGAACUAGACUUGUUAAAUAUACAGAUGUUAAAAAGUCAUUUUCAUUUCUUUUAAUUUGGGCUAAUUUCUGCCCGACAACAUGCCUUAGGAUCACUUUGUCCUCAAAGCUUUGGCAGCAAUUUCAUCUAGAUGUUUCUCAGACUCAGCUGAUUUUUAGCUACCAUUUUGUCACUACGUUCUUUCUGGCACACUUUAGUCUAGGAAACCAUUUUGUGCAAGUGAAGUCUCUAAUACAGAAGCCACACUCUGGGGUUAAUUUGUAUAGAACAAGGUAACCUGCUGUAUUUUAUUUUAAUAUAUUUUUAAUAUAUUACAUUUCUAAACCUUAAAGUCUAAGGUUACUUCUCCACAGGCUUAACAUUGCUAUACAUACCAGUCAAUCCCUUCAGUAGACUUAUACCAGCUUUUGCUAAGUAGCAUUAAAUGUCUUCAUAGUACUUUUUAAUACUUAAAGCUUUGUAAAAACUAUCCAUGAAGGGAAAGCUCCUCAGCAUAACUGCUCAGGGAAAUAGGGCUAAAUAACUAAAUAUUAAAUAAUUGGUUAAAGGUGCUGUUAGACGAGCCUCCAUGCUUGCUACAAGGGUGUACAAGAACUGACUUUAAUCAUUUUCAUUAUAGUGUCCCAACCAGUAGUUUAUUAUUUUGCCACAGGGAUGUAGAAGAUAUUACAAGCUACUGGAUGCACUGUCAGAUUAACUUAUUUCAUUAAAGAAGUUGGGAGAACAAAUAGAAAAAAACCUUAUUUUUCUAGUAAAUAUUAAUGUAUUACAUUUCAAAUAAUGGUGCCUGACAUAUUGAAUAAUUAUUUUCUACAGUGUACGUAUGCAACAAAGAUAUUCCAUCAUGCAUUAGAGUCAGUUCUGGCUCUGCCUCGCUGUUUACAUUUGCAAAUGUAGCAAACAAGGUAAUGAAGCAACUAUUUCUAUUGCAGUAGGUAUCUUUUUUUCUGUGUGUGUGCAUUAAAGUUGUAAACGAUAACAUGAAAUGAAUGAAAUUUGUUGAUAUUAAUGGUAUGGAAAAACAAGAAGGAAAUGAAAAUAUUUUUAUGCCUACUUAGGAAAAAAAGGGUAGCACUAUUCAUUCCAAGUACUUUUGUAUUCUUAAGCUCUUAACUCACAUUGUUAUGCUUAAAAUGAUAAACAUAUAUCCUCUUUUUAUUGCUUUGUCUGUGUUUCAGAAGAAACAUUUCAGAAAUUAUUUUGAUAAGUGCUGUUUGACGAUGCAGCACUGAUGUUUUAUUGCAUUCUGUAGUAGCAUUGCACUCAGUUUUUACAAUAUUACGCAGUCGCUUUUUUGUUUUGUUUGGGUUUGUUUCUUUUUCGCAGUGCAGGGUCUUAGUUCCUUAUGGUUGGAUGGCAGGUGUAGCUCAACUGGUUCAUGAAUGUUGCAGCGAAUGAAGUUAAAAAUGUUUUUUUCUGAUAUUAUGUUGUCUUUUAUUUCUCCAUUCAUGCAUUUUAUUUUCUAAAAUGUUCUACAAAAAUAUCUCUGGAUUAAGUCCUUACUUGAGAUUAUAUGUAAAGGGUCCUAUUCUGAUCUCACUUACAUGCCGCCUUUCUCAGAUUUUCAUGUAAUUGAAACUAAAGCAUCAUAAAACAAAAAAAAAUUCUUGUAUUUAACUUACCUGAAUCUCACCACUCUCCCUUCUAGAAUUUGGUGCACUUAUAAGAUACUUAACCAGAUAGACAGGGAGGUGGAAGAUAAAAGGAGAGGUGAUAGGAAAUGUCUUACAAGGAGUUGGCAAAAGGAAAACCAGGGAGGAACUGGCCUAAACGUUCAGCACUUUGAUAGUCUUUGGAAAAAUAAUGUGCCUAAAGCAGCCAGCAAUGAACAUCACCAUGCAAGAGAAGCACUUACACAGCUGAUCACCAGAGGUCUCGCUGACCUUGGCAGAAUUUUAGGUGUUACAUUUUCACGCAGAUGAAAUGUUAUUGCACAGUUUCUCUGAUUUGUUAGGCACAGACAGGCUAUUGUUCAGCAUUAGGCGUGCAUUCCUCCCCGCUCCGCCCAUUGCUUCUAUACUGGUGAGCAGCAGCGUAUGGCAAGUCCCACUCAAUCUGUUCAUGGUUGAGUUCUAUAACCCUUCAAUAGUGUUCUAGGUUAGUAAAGGAUAUUGGGCCACAUUCUUCUGUUUUUUAGAUGAAUUUCCAGCUUGAUACCAGUGCCAGACAAAGUCUGGUUAUGUUUUUUACUAUUGUUCUCCAAUAAUAAGUUCUGACUUGGUUUUUGUGGAUUUUGUUGGGUAUUUUUUUGUUUCUUUUUUUUUUUCUGUGGGGACUGAAAUAGGUUGCCCUCUUCUUCUACGUCACAGUCCAGUGUGUAUCCUUUCCAGCUUUUCCAAGAAACAUGUUAGACUCACUAAGCAGUGAUUUUUAUCGACUUCAGAGAUAGCUGCCUGCCGGUUUUGAGUAGUUACUGGUUCGACUUACUUCAUCUGAGACCUACCAGUUCCUGUGGUUUCUUCAUUGAUAGAAGCUGCAUCUUCAUGGCAAAAUAUUUUAGGGGGGAUAUGCGCAUUGUAAGACUUGAGCACCACCCUGUACUUCAUAACAGCUCUGGAUAAACUCGGAAGCAGAGGCCAAUAGCAAGAAAUACACGUAUCAGGGUUUGGGCAUGAGGAGAAAUGAAAUCUUAUGUGUACAAAGAACAAGACAGAUUUUUGAAUGUUAGUACUGCACACCUAGAUGGUGCAAAUAAAAUUUGAAAAAAGUUCAUUGUUCUUUCCGUGACAUAUUGAGAUAUUAUAAGAUUUCUGCUUUGUAGGAAAUGAGAUUUUGCCAUGGCGUGUUCUCUUUUACUGGGAUGAGGGGAGCACAGUUUUGUUUCUUAACAAAAGAGAAGUGACUCCAUCAGACCCCGUCUUUCAGAGCCCCUCAUGGUGGAUAUUAAUCCAAAGAAGAACAAAUCCUGACAUGGAAAAAGAAUACUCUUAUUUAAAAACUUUCAGAUGGAAACCAGUGUUAGCACACACAAGUCAUUACUGCACCCAUUGCAUUUUGAUCAACGUACAGCACUAAAAAUUGAACUUUCAAGGAAUCAUUCUUCAUUCUCAAUUUGUCAGUCUUUUAAGGUGUUGUACUUCACUGACUAAGGAAUGGUAGUUUGAGAUGUUAAGAUCAUAAUCAGGUUGCAGAACAGGAUCACUCCAUAUGGCAGGAGCCACCACACAGCAUCCUCUGCAAACCAGACUGUCUCUAAGAGUAUCACCUUGUGGCCUCUGCCCUCUGGGUUAAUGCCACCAGGAGAUAAAGAUUUUCCAGAACAGUUUGUGUUCAAGUGCUGAACUGAGAGCGCUUUCCAAAAGAAAUUUUGCACCUGAUUGACACUCUCCCCCUUAAUUUUUUAUGGGCCAUCCAGAAAGGGGAAGGACACUUUAUACUUUGCCUAAAAAAAGGUACUGAUGCACAUUGUGACAGUUUUAAAGAGAGAGAACACAGGCACGUGGUGGGCGAGUGAUUAUUUUUGCAGUUAGAGGGUCAGCAGGACAAAAGUGACUGAUGCUCAUUGUAUACAGUGUUGAAAUGUGGUGGUUGUGCAAUGGGGAGACCUGAUUUAGCACCCCUGAGUUAGUACUCAGUUCAGGGACGGACUUUCAAGUCCACCUUUGGACUGGACAGUAUUGCAUUGUAGUCAUAACUGCUUGCUUUAUGUGCUAAGGAGUUGUCCACCAUCUGCUUUUUGCCCAGGAUGUCUAAACAAAUUCCUGUUCUUGCUCCUGUAUUGAUUUUUCUUGGCUGACUUAACAUUCUAAUUCCUAAUACUGGUCAGGAAAAGCCAAAGAGAUUAGAAGUUCACUUCUGUUCAGCCAGAAGGGUAAAUAUAUUUCUUUCUACUUCUGUGGUUAAAGUUAUGCUUGACAAAGAAUAGUGAGCACUUUGUCAAACGUGAUAGAUAAGUGAGAAAUCCCUUCUAAACUUCUCUAUACAGUUAAGGUGGGCCAAAUAGAAUGGUUUACAUAAUUUCCUCACUUCAGAAUAGGAUUCUGCCCUACUCUCUUCCUCACAAUUUCAUGUCGUUCAGCCAACUCUGGAAAGCUGGCAGUUGGUGAGAUGCUACCUAUAUAAUAAUCACAUAUACCCCGAUUUACCUCUUUUUUAAGAGGAUAAAAUACAGUAAUGUAAUGGCUGCCAGCCAGGUAAAUACCAGUUUCAUUCAGUAAAGUAAGAUUCUUAUAAUAAACAUUGUAACAGCAACCACAGUUUUCCAUUUCUAUCAUGUUGGCCUCUAAGCUCUGUGUAGGAGAACAGGAGAAAGGAAACAUCUCAAGAUGCCAUUGUAAAUUUAGCUUAUAGAAAAUUCACCAGCAGGAAAAGGGGAAAAAAAGGAAAAAAAAAAAAAAAAGAAAAAAAUUACUUCAUAAAGAAUGACUUCGUGUUGCUAAAAACCAACAUUAAACUUGUAGCCCUGAUUUGACUCUAGAAUGUUGGCUCUUAAUGUUUUGUCCUUACAACACAUGGAUGUGUUUUUUGUUUUGUUUUGUUUUGGGUUUUUUGUUUUGUUUUGUUUUUUGGUUUUCAUAGUGCAUGUUCAUUUCUACUCACAAACAUGUUCUUGGUGUAUUUCUUAUGCAAACAAUCUUCAGGCAGCAAAGAUGUCUGUUACAUCUAAACUUGAAUAAUAAAGUUUUACCACCAGUUAUAAA